CGACCGGAAGCUGGCAGGCAGCACGCAUUCCUACUCCAGUAUUGACUGACAGCGUUCGCCACUGCACACUCACGAGCUCGCCCUCGCGCUCGGUACUCUCCCCCGGCACCAAGAAACCGCCGGAAUCGCCCCUCCGCCACCUUUCCUCGAUCCCUCCCUCCCGUCCCGAUCUUCCCAAGAACCCGAGAUCCGUCGAGCGGCCCUGCCCCUGAUCCGAUGGCGUCGCCGGCGCCGGGAGGGAAGGAGGCGGGGGAGGGCGGCGGCAAGGCGGAGUGGCUGAUCUACGCCUUCGUGGCGCGGGGCACGGCGGUGCUGGCGGAGUACACCGAGUUCACCGGCAACUUCCCCGCUAUCGCCGCGCAGUGCCUGCAGCGGCUACCCGCCGGCUCCUCCUCCGCCAGCGCCGCAGCCGGCGGCGCGCCGGCACGGUUCAGCUACGCUUGCGACCGGCACACAUUUAACUUCCUUCUCCACCGCGGCUACGCCUAUUGUGUAGUUGCAAAGGAAUCCGUUCCAAAGAAUGUCUCGGUGGCCUUUCUUGAGAGGUUAAAAGAUGACUUCAUGAAGAGAUAUGGAGGUGGUAAAGCUGAUACAGCUCUUGCAAAAAGUCUAAAUAAAGAAUAUGGACCAGUUAUAAAGCAGCACAUUCAGUAUGUUCUUGAUCAUUCAGAGGAACUAGACAAAACUUUGAAAGUGCAAGCCCAAGUUUCAGAAGUUAAAAAUAUCAUGUUAGACAAUAUAGAAAAGACAUUGGGUCGUGGAGAAAAGUUGAGUGAACUCCAAGACAAAACUUCUGAUCUUCAUAGUCAGGCACAGGAGUUCAAGAAACAAGGGGUGAAAAUUCGUAGGAAGACUUGGUUGCAGAACAUGAAAAUUAAGUUGGUGGUUCUUGGAAUCCUUUUGCUUCUUGUGCUUAUCGUGUGGGUGUCCGUUUGUCAAGGGUUUGACUGCACGAAGCAUGAAACAUAGUAAGAAUACUACUAUAGUGGUAGCUUGGAGAAUUGUGCUGAUGAAAUCAAGUGUACCGACAUAAGCUCAUCUUUCUAGUUUGAUUUCAUGGAACAUUUACUGCUAUAUGAGGUGUACUCAGAAUGUAUGCCCAGCCUGAUAUGAAGUGAUAUGCUGUGUAUCUAGCCAAAAAAUGUAUUCCUUCUUUCCUCUUUGCUGAAUAUAACAUAUAUAGAGUAAACCAAGAGUUGCAUGUCAGCCCAAUUGUGGCAUUGCGGUCAAUUAUGACAAUAACAUUCAGUAAUACUUCUUUAAGA